UGUAUGUAAUACAAGAUUCUAUCACGUUUCUCGAUAUCUCUCAUUCUUUAUGAGAUUUUGAAUUCUAUUAAACAUAAACUUGUUGCGUAAUAUCAAUGUACUAUUGCUUUAAUAUAUUUAUAAUAUCAUCAAGAUCAUCAUCAAGAUGAAAAAUCGCUUAACACCAGAAAGAGCGAUUUUGUUCACGAAACUCAGCGUUGCUCUCACGUGUUCCUGGCCUCCUUCUUCUCUUGCAACCAAAGCUCAACAUCUUUUCUUUAAUGUAUUGUGGUGCAUUGCGUUUUUAACCGCUGUCACAUUAUUUUUACCAUUAUUGGCCGCCAUUUACGAAUAUCGUAAGCAUUCUAUUAUUCUUGGGAAAACGGUGAGCCUUACCGCGGCUGUUGCUCAAGUGACGAUUAAAAUGAUAAUAUGUCGUUUGCAGCAGAAACCUUUUCAAGUAAGUUCAUUACUCUCUGUGCUGUACUCUGAAAUGGAGAACUUUUGCAAACAGGCCACGAAUGAAGAAAAGAUCAUACUGCAACGUUACGUUGAUAGAUAUAAAUAUUUUCAUAGUUUCUAUAUAUUGUGGAGUUUUCUUACUACGAUAUUCGUCAUAUGCAGUCCAUUGUAUACGGCGCAAACAUUUCCCACCCACGCGAUAUAUCCAUUUUCAGUGAGACAUCAUCCAUACAAGGGUUUAAUCUUUUUCCAUCAAUCGUUCGUUGGGUUUCAAGUGUCUUCAGGCAUGGCUGUUGACACUCAGAUCGCUCUUCUUUUACGAUAUGCCGCGGCUAGAUUCGAGAUUUUAGGAAUUCAAUUCAAUAAUGCGAAAUCAGACGGUGAGUUCGACGCCUGCAUAGAGAAGCAUAAUGAACUUUUAAGACAUACAAGGGAAAUUCGACGAUCUAUCAGAUAUCUAAUUUUGGCAACAAAUGGAACAACUGUCAUUGCCGUGAUAUUCGGCAGUUUAAAUUUAAUUGCUAAUCAGCCACUAGCCCUGAAGGCUUUAUACACUAUCGUGGUGUUCAGUGCCAGUGUGGAACUCUUUAUGUACGCUUGGCCAGCGGAUAGCUUGAUGCACAUGACAAUGAAAAUGGCUACAAAAGUGUACAAUAUGGAUUGGUACAGAAGAGACAUCAGAACCCAAAGAAAGAUACUUUUUAUAAUUUUAAGAUCUCAGAAAUAUGAAAGUUUUGGGAUUAAUGGUAUUGUACCUGCACUUUCAUUAUCUUAUUACGGGAAGGUAUUAUGUUUAUUCUAUUUUUUUACUCGUGAUAAUUGUUAUUAUUUGAUACUUUUUCGUAUUUAUCCCUUUAUUGUUUUGCAGUAUUUAUACACAUCUUUGUCGUAUUUCAAUGCAUUACGUAUUAUGGUUGAAGAUACUGUUAACUAGUUUAUCUUGAAAUUCCAUGAUGGGGAAAUAUUAAAUUUGAAAGAUAGAAGAAUGGAUACAAGAAUCGCGUAGUUCUUAGCUUGGUAUCGCUUUCCAAAGAUUAAUUUUUGAAAAAUUUUCAAUGAAAAUAUUGAAAAGUUUCCAAAGAUUAAUUUAUCAAAAAUCGAUACCAAUUACCAGGUCUCACCACGAGGAGGUGACUACGCAUCGAGACCCACCUAAAGCUAAAAAAAAAAAAAGAAAAAUAU